AUGGUAAAUCAGAAAAAUGGAUUUUUCUCAAAGCUAACAGGCCUAACAUCCAUUGUGUUUAAUUUGAACCUAGAAAAUAUUCAUGAUGAAGUUGAUGAAAAUUUAAGUGCGCUCGAAAGAGCUGUAUUAUACGGAAACAGCCAAAAAAAAUGCCGAAAGAUAAUAUUUGUAAAGAAUUUAAUAAAUUCGUUAAAUAACAUAGAUUGUGACAAUUUCAAAAAGGUUAUUUAUCCACUAAUUGUAAAAUUAAGCAAUGAUAAGGAAGAAAUAAAAAAUGAACUGUGUAACCAAAUGGGAGAUUUGUGUGCUUAUCUUUUGCAGAACAAUAGCGGUCUUGAAGGCUGUUCAGAUAUUAUUAAUCUUCUCUUUCCAAUCAUCGAGAAAUUCAUCAGAAAUGGAUUAGGUGAUAAUAGUGAAAGUGUUGGGAGCUCAAGUGAAAGUGGAGAAAUGCUUGCAAAUGCAAUUAAGGCUCUGCUAAUCCUAGCUACGCAUAUCAAAAUGAAAUACAGAAAAAAGGUAAUUUUUCCAUUUAUUCUUUCACUAAUAUCGAGCGAUAAAUUUAAGAACUUGGGGUUUAUUUUAUUAAUUAAAAUAUCGUACAUAUUCGAAAGAGAUAUAGCAUUCAGAUAUUUACUCCCAUGUAUUGAAUCUUUUGUUAGAAACAAAGAUGAAGAAAGCAAAAUAUUCGUCUCUUCUUAUUUUUACAGUAUAUGUAAAAUUGCUAAUGAAGAAGAUUUGCCAACGAUAUUUUUUAUUUUCAAAUUAUUAUGUAAUGAUUCUAAUGACAUCAUUAAAAUUAUUAGCAUGUACAAUUGUGUACAUAUAUCUAGUCUUUAUUCUAAAAAUUUAUUUUUGCAUUUUUUCGUCCCUCUUUUUAACUCUUUUUUAAAAAAUUCAAAUUUGUACAUAUUUUACUAUGCCUUGAUAAACCUAUUUUUUUUUGUUUGUCUUUUUGAGGACAUCGACAUAAUUCAUCCAUUCUACAUUCAUAAAAUGAUAUUUUUUUUUAACAACAUUUUUUCUUCUCACCUUUUUACGUUGAACUAUCUGAACGACACUGCCAAGCGUCAGAGCAACUACUUUUUGUUGAAUAACCCCCGAAUGGAUGCCUCCCCUCGGGAUUCACUUCACACAAUUGGCCAAAAGCAACCAGUAGGAGAAGCACAUACAAUAGACAACACAAAUGAGAUGAACCUCAUGCCAUCAUGCCAUUUUACAAACAGACAAUGUAUGAAUACAAGCGUCAAAGAAAUCUCUGAAAAACCACAUGAAUUUCCCUCAAUGAAUAAUAUAUCAAUGGAAGGAGUAGUAGUAAUCGACAUUAAUCAGAGUAAUCAGAAAUGUCAAAAUAAUCAGGAGGAACAAAGUGCACACGAAGGAAAUAGAAAAUUGCAGGAAAAAGCAGAUAUCUUGAAUAAUCAAGAAGUGGAUGUGAAAAAAGACUUCCUUUCUUCCAAAGAAGAAAAAGCAAGUGAUGAUAUAUGCAAAGUUUUACACGAACAAUCAAGCCAAGAGAAAGAGAAAAAAAAUGCUCUGACAAGAUUUUUAGUAAAGGAUGAAAAAAACGGAUUGACAUACAACAUUGAUAUGAGCAUAACAGAUGGAUGUACAGACAAGCAUAAAAUGAAGCUAGAAUUGCAGGACGAGAAAACAUUUGAACUGGAGGAUUCUGUAAAUAUAAGACGGCUUGCAUAUCAACCGACUCUUAAAUCAGUGCAAGUCAAUGAAUGUAAAAAUUACAAAAGGGAAGGUGAUUAUAUGAAAGAAGAGUGUGAAGAAAAUGAUGCACGUGUUAACGGGAUUCACAAAAUGGAAGAAGUGAAAAAUGGGGGAAAUGAUGAUACCAUGCUUCAAUGUGAACAUUCAUCGUUACAGGAGCAGCCCUCGAUGCUGCAGGACAUUGGAUGGUUGUUUUCCCCCUCCUCUUCCUGCGUCGCUUCCUCAGCCCUGUUAGAAUCAUCAGAUGGCAUUUCACUUCAUUCGUCAAUUCCGACAUCACAACCCACAUCUUCAUUCAUCUCCUCUGGAUCUAUAUCCAUUUUUGUGAACAAUAGUUUGAUUAACGACCUCAUCAUUAGUAAUAAUCAUUUUUCUUUGAGCGUGCGACAAUUUUUCCAAGUACACGAUGGAGAAUCAACCACAGAAGGGGAUGAAGCUUCUGGUGAAGAAACAACCAAAAAUGAAAAACUCGAUGAACACAGAUGCAAUCAUCAGGAUAGGGUUCAAAAGGAAAAAAAUCUAAUAAAGGGUAUGAAUUGUAAGGUAAAUAAUGAUCCCAUGGUAGAAGACAAAAAUGGAGAAGAAGUAAUGUGGUACGAAUCUCUACACAAAGGUCAUAAUAAGAAUUAUAAAUUUGUUCAGAUAACCGAAAAUGACAUCACCUUUAUAGAUAACAUAUAUAAUCAUGACAAUACUAUAAAUAUAAAUCAAAUUAAAGGAUGGCAUUACAGUGACGUAGAGCUUAUCAAAGGGAGUAUGAUAUAUGGAGAAGUGUUUAUGAAAAAAGGGAAUAAAUAUAAGGGUAGUGGAAUUAAAAUUACAACAAAUGGUUGUAGUAAUAAAAAUGUCGACAAAUUUUGUCAAAAUGGACAAAAUAAGGAAAAGAGUCCAAUUAACAUUCAUUGUAAUCAAAAAGAAGAUGAUAUAUAUAACAUUGAGGCAGUUAAUAUUGAGACAAUCAAGAAGAGGUUUUUAUUUGAUACGCCGAAUAACAUUAUUGUUUCACAUAACAUAAAUGCAGUGUAUAUCACGGCCCUCCAUUUGCCUACCCUCAUUUUAGUGCUAAAAAAAUAUUUUUUUCGAUUUUUUUCUCACGUUUUUUUUUUUAUAUGUACCUAUCCAUAUUAUGUUAUAAGGAAAACUAUAGCAUCAUUAUUUUAUGCAAUUUUGCGGAAUUUUUUGGGAUCACCCCAAUUUUUAAAAAUUAAUUUAGAGGAGUUAAAUGAGGAUAGAGACCUUAUUAUGACAAAAUUUAAGAGAAAUGAAAAAAAUAAAUUGGAAGAAAAUAAACCUAAUCAUUUAUCGACUUCCCACUUUGUGAAUAUAGAAAAAUCAAAACGUGUUCAUAGGAAUGACACACAUAGGACAGAAUUAUUUGAGGUUACACAAAAUUCACACAUAGACUCUUACGAUCAUUGUGAUAUGAAACGUAUACAAAGCAAGCACAUGGUAAGGAAUCACAGCAAGGAAAAAAAGGAUGAGAUAAAUAAUGGUAAUAUAAUAGAUGCAGUAGGAAAAAGUUCUGCAGGAUGUGAUAUAAAUAAGAAUAAUACUUUCUCCUCACCGAACAAGCUAACCAAAGAGGAACAAAUGAAGGGUCAUUAUUCAGAUCAUGAUGAGGAGAAGCAAAAGGAAUGUGGUUCAGGCGUUUAUGAAUUGAAUGAAGAAUUGGAUCCACAUAUAGACAAAACAUCAAACCAGAGAUCAGACGAACAAUUGGAAGAACGACUGUGCCAAGAUGAAGUAAAAAUGGAUCGUGCAGAAAUAAUGAAAAGAAUGCAAAACGAAAUUAACGCAAACCUUCUCGAAAAUGAUUUUUUUAUAAAUGAAGAAAAUGAAAAUUUUUUUUUUUAUAAGAAAUUUCUUCAAAAAUAUGAAAUUGUGUAUAUCAGAUGUAUUGACAAAUUUAAAAAAUAUUAUAGAGAAGAUUCUCCAUUAUUUUUUUUUCAUUUUUUUAUUUCAUAUUUUUUAAAAGAUUCAAAUGUGUUGGUUAAAAAAGCAAUUCUGAAGAAUUAUGAUAAAAUCAUUUUAUUUUUCCCCUCUCCAGUACAAAGAAUACUGAUAUCAUAUUUGUCAGACGUUCUGGACUUUAAAACUUUAAACUAUUCUCUUCGAAAAAGGGUAUCCAAGAUCGUCUUUAGACUUCUCUCAAGCACAGACAAUACACCAGUUGUUCGCAAGGUUCUGUUUCCUCUGUUUCUCAGAUUGUGCAAGGAUGAUGUCUCUAGCAUUCGUGUUUACACAGCUAGCUAUUUUUAUCUCUUCCUCGAAAAGGGUUGCCCUCAAAUAUAUAACUUUUUCAAAGGGGGUGGAGAAAUAUUACCCAUAGAAGAAUAUAAGAAAGACAGCAUACUCAUAAACGGAGAGAACUACAAAUUAAGGAGUCGAUACUUCACAAGUGGGGAUGAAAUAUCCAUAAUUAAAACAGUAUUGAUCACUUUUGCCAAGAGUUGUCAUUUUUACAGCAGACAGAUUUUUAUUAAGAUGUGCGAUGGGAUUAUUAAUAUGUGCCCAAUGAAUCUAUUUUUGCUGUACUUUUUAAAACCCUUUGUAAAUUUAUCAAUUGACAAGAUUAAAGUUGUUAGGACAACAUGGGACAAAUGUGUAUUUUCUCAACUUAGAAAAAAAGGACAUUUUCUGAACUCAAUAAAUAUUUGGGGAAAACGAAACGAGAUUUAUGCACAGAACGGAGCGAAAACAGUUGAUAAGGAAUAUUUUAUUACAUUAAAUCCAAUUGAUAGUGAUGAGCUGAAUAAAUCUUUUGAUCUUCAUGACUUAAAUGAUUAA